CAAUUUAGAGACUAGUAUAUAGGCUUUGGUUUAAUUAUCAAGCUUACACCCCUUCGCAGCUCUCUGCGAAGUUGUAAAAUAGUCGUAAACUUUCGACGAUCUCGCAGUCUGCUGGCUAAGGGAUUUAAGGGCUUUUGUUUUAUCCGUAACACACUGUAUUGACUUAAAUCCUAAAAUGUACUCUAUACAUUUCUGGACCAAACAUUACAUUUGAAUUGUAAAAAAAAUACUACUGAGUAUCUAUACAUAUAGUUUCCUAUAGUAUAAAGUUUUAUCGGUUAAUAUCGACUUGUAUCUUAUCGCUUUUUUCACAGGUAUAAGUGCCAGGGCAGCGAUGAGAACAGCUACGUGUUCAGUGACGCUUGGACCAUCAAGGGAAGUAUUGCUUUUAUUUAUAGUAUAAGUUGACUAAAGAAGAAACUGCCAGGAUGGCUGCGAAAAAAGAGGAAAAGGAUUACGGAAAAAUGAUAGAGUAUGAUCCGUUAUGGAAGGGUCCUAUGAGUGAACAGCGCACUCAAACUGAUUCUAGUUUUCUCAUAGCGUUCGUAGUUUUUAUGUGCAUAUGGAUUGCCAUUUCAGUUUAUGCUUUAAUUGCAGGUGAUAUCGAUGAAUCAUAUCUUAAUGAGAGGGGUCGCGAAAAUUGGUAUAAAGCAGCAAAAAUUAGUAUUGGAUUUUCAAUUUUGGCUGGAAUUGUGUCAAUAAUAUUUAUUGUUUUAUUAAGAUGGUAUGCAAAAUUUAUGGUUUAUACGGCAAUUGUUGUGAUUUGCAUUGGAUUAUUGGGUUCAAUCAUUUACGUAGGUAUUAUUUAUAAAUCAAUGAAUACAGGAGAUAGCAGUAGAUUCAUUGUCUGGUUGAUAAUGAUGUCUGCAUUGCUUUUGUUAAUAAUAGCAUUUACUAUUUGCUAUCGCAAAAAAAUUAACAUUGCCUGCGAAAUAAUACGAGAAGCUAGCAAGGCCGUUAUGUUCUUUCCAUCGUCUCUCGCAUUCCCAGUUCUUCCAUAUUCGUUGUAUACUGCUGCAACAAUUUAUUCUUUUAUUGUUCUAUUAUAUUUAUCAGGUAUUCAUGGUCAUACAAAUAACGGUCACGAUGAAACGCCGACUCACAUUUACUUGUUACUUGUUAUACACAUCUUUGGAUAUUUUUGGCUAUGUGGUUUCAUUACUGGAUUUACACGAAUGACUCUCUCUGGAAGUUUUGCCACUUGGUACUGGACUAUCCAAAAAGCUUAUGUUCCAAAGUUUACAAUUUUGCAAUGCAUGGGCACCACUGCACGAUAUCAUCUUGGAACUAUAGCUUUUGGAUCGUUGAUUAUAGCCAUAUGCCAGCUAAUCAAUGCACUUUUAUCUUAUGCAAGAGACAAGUUGCAAAGCAGAGGAAAUGUAUUCGCUUGCCUAUGCUUCGGUUGGUACCAAUACUUGUUUCAAAAUUUGGAAAGAUUUGUGAAGUUCAUGAGUAAGGGUGCAUAUGUAAUGAGUUCCAUGCAUGGUACUGGCUUCGUACAAUCAACUAAAGAUGCAUUCAAUCUUUACAUGAGAAACAUUCUUAAAGUCAUUGUUGCUAAUGAGGUGACUGAUGGGGUUUUGUUUCUUGGUUCAUUAAUUACCAUUGGUCUGUCAGUAUUAACUACAUGGAGUUACUGUGGAAGUCAAAACUUAUAUGACAUAAUGUCAAUAGCUUUGAUAACGGCAGCUGUCUUUUCGUUUUUAAUUUCAAUGGCUUUCUUCACGGUAUUCAAGACAGCCGUUGAUACAAUCUUUCUCUGUGUUCUAGAAGAUUACGAACGAAACGAUGGCUCCGAAGAAAAGCCUUAUUACUUGAGUUUGAAGUUACAAUCGUUAUUGUUUAAAAAACGAAUCGAAAUAAACGUCUAAUGUAUAUCAUUUUUACGUUUAUAACGCCUUUUUAUCAUAAUAAAAACAGUUCAAGGAUUUGUUUCGCGAAGUGCCGUAAGUCUAUAUAGAAUAGCCGGGAACAAAGUCGCGACGAAUAACGAAAAUAACUUCAAUGUUCAAUUUUUGUAAAAUACAACAGAAAAUGUUAGUACCUUUUCGAAAUAAGUAAGUACACUUACAAGGAAAGUCCACGCGCUCCGGUUCAUGCAGAUGUGGCUGAAAUUGUAAAAAAUGAUUUUGCACCGAAACCAUGGUAUAAAUCAUGCGAACGCUUGAGCACAACUCAACAUUUGCCGCUUGGACUAGCACAACUCACGCAUUAUCUGCAAAGACUAUACAGUGGCAGAACUUAGAGCUAGCAGUGCCGUACAUCGCGGCUAAUCUCUUAAACUUGAAGUUGUGCUAGUUUUUAUCGAAAAAUUAUUGAAGUGUGCUAGUCUUCAUAGAAAGCGACGAGAAUACAAUAAUUUAAAAAAAUAGAGCUAAAAUUAAGCCACAGAAUUGUAUUUCGUAUUUUUAUAUGAAAAAUGCCAUUUAAACAUCGGCACACACUGUAGUUGAUAUUAAAAUACGAGUAAUUUAUACAUACGGUAAAGGCAGAAUAAAAAAUAUAUGAGCUUACA